AUGGCGGAAAGGACCGAUCCCCAGCCACUUCCGAUCACAAGACAGCCGGCGUCGUCUGCGCAGUCGCCGAACGAGCUGGAUACGCCAACGGUGUUUACAUUCGACCGACACAUACAAAUUACUGGCGCUCCUAUUACAACUAGCGAACUGAAAGCCGACCACAUCGAAAUAGAACACGAUUUUGACAAGUCCCCCAGCGUAUCGCCGGGGUACUCACCGAGAAUCGUGCGAAAAAAUGGAUAUAGCAAAAGUGAAAAUAGUGGAUCGGUGAAAUCAAAUCAAGGUUCUCCGGCGAAUUUCAAGGAAUCAUUGAAAGUGUACGUAGGGAUGUACGAUUCUGAACGUAGGCGGGAGAGACAUCAUCUCCAUGACGGCUCGCGGGGGUUAAGUGAGGAAGAAUUGAAAAGAGACAUCUCGAAGGAAAUCGUGUCCGACCCUGAGACGCAGCCGCCAAUGAUAAACUGGGACCUUCUGUCCCCGAAGCAACGUCUGAUGUUACGAUUUCACCGGUGUACGCACCCGGUGGACCCGCCCUAUAGGUAUAUGUGCGGCGGAAAAUGCGGUUACAACGCCAACGUCUGCCUUCAUAUGACCACGUGUUUGUGUUUCGUUAGGGGAUUAUUUUAUCACAUGUACAUUGAUGAAGAAAUUGAUGAGGAUUUUACGAGUGCGGACGCGCCGUGUGCCUGCACAGGUCCGCACUGCCUGGGACGUUGGGGCUGCCUGGCGGCCUCCUCCAUAAUUAUGCCCUGCCUGUGUUGCUAUAUCCCGUUACGGUGCUGUAUGGAACCCUGCGGAAAAGCCGAGGCAGACCUUAUGAAAAAAUAUGCAUAUUGA